CGGAGUCUGCGCACUUCGCCUUUUCUCGUCACUCCGAAGUUUCGGGAGCGCCGCGGAGGAAGGAGGCAGCGCCGCGCAGCGCAGCGCCAUUUUUAUUCUGUGUCCUUCUGUCCCUCACCCUGCCCCUCUGUCCCUCAGCGCGUCCUGAUUGGCCGGUUUGCCAUGGAGAGCAGAGUCCGGAGCAAAGCGAAGUGGCUGGACGACGACGAGGACUUCCGGCUGGGUGGAGGAGGAGGUGGAGGAGGUGGAGGACGGGCGGGGCUGAGGGCCAAACCCAGGUUCACCUUCUCCGAGGUCAAGAUGCUGCUGCAGUCGGUGAUGAAGAACCGAUACAUCGUCCUCGGGAAGUUUAACCAGGGCGUGUCGGCCGAGACCAAGAAGCGGACCUGGGCCGACAUCACCCGUCAGAUCAACGCUCUGGGGGAGAACCAGCGAGAGGUGCGUCAGAUCAUGAAGAAAUGGGCCGACCUGAAGUGUGACGGGAAGCGUCGCAUCGCCGCCCUGCGAGGUCCGAACGGCCUACACAUCCGCAAGAAGACGCUGGGCCCGGUGGAGAAGAUGGUCCACAAGAUCCUGAUGAUGACUCCUCAGGGAGACGCCGACAGCGAUCUGGACUUUGGCGACGACGACAACGUCCCGAAGCGUCUGAGGAAGAACGUCCCCACGGACGCCUCGUCGUUCUCCUACCUCAGCCUGACGGAGAACCUGCCCACCCCGCAGCUGGCCGCCCUGGACUUUUCCCCCAUGUCCUCGCCGGAGAAAGACCCCAGUGAAGCGUCUCCUGACUUGGACCUGGCUGAUGAUGGAGACUACGGCAUGGACUUCGACGACAACGACGACUCGCUGUUCUCCUCGUCUGUCCCGCCGUCGUCCUCCACCUCUCUGGACCCGCUGCCGGACGACGCCCUGCUGAGGGUCCGCCCCGUCCACACCUACUCCCGGAGCGGCCAGAACCAGACCCAGACCCAGAACCAGACCCAGACCCAGACCCAGAACCAGAACUCCUCCAAGCCUAUCGAGGCCGCCUCCUCAGCCCCUCCUGCUCCUCCUGCUGCUGCCCCUCCUUCUUCACAGUCUCCGCCUCCUGUUAGCGAAGCCGCUGCCGCCGCCUCCUCGUCCUCCUCCUUCCCCCCUCCUCAGACCGCUGGCCCCGCCCCCUCCCCCUCCCCCUCCAGCCAUCCACAGCCUCCUCCAGCCCCUUGCUCCUCCUCCGCCUCUUCCCCGUCCUCGUCCCCCAGCCCGGCGGACGGGCCCCCGGUGGCGGCGGCGGCGGCAGCGCAGCGCGCGGCUCAGAUGGCGAGCCAGAGCCUGCAGCAGCAGCGCGCCGGCCGCCUGCUGCUGGCGUCGGUGUCGCGCUCGCUGGAGCUGCUGGCGCAGUCGGUGCAGCUGCUGGUGGAGAGCCAGCAGGAGUUCGUCCAGGAGUCGCUGCUGCUGCAGCGCGAGACGGUGGACAUCCUGAGGGACUUCUCCGGCACCGCGCUCGCCAUGCUGAGGGACAAGGGCGGCGCCGGCCCGCUGGCGGCUCGCCACCAUCAUCACUGAAGGGCCGGCCCGCGGCCCCGCCCACCGACUGCUGAGGACUUUAUGCCGUUCUGUUGAAAUACAGACUGGAUUCAAACCGAGGCGUUCUCUCUGACGUUACGCUGAAGCUGGUCUCCACUGUGCAGUCUGGACCGAUAGGACGAAGGCGGGGUUUCGGAUGGCGGCGUUACGACGCAGGAAUAUGACAUCAUGACGUCACGCUAAACGUGAGUCCAGCACGGAACACUGGCUGCUGAAACAUGGCGGGUCUGACAGGUCCCUGACCAAUCAGCAGACAGCAUGGCCGUUCCGUUCUGUGCCAGGUCCUCCCGUACCGUUCCAGACCGUUCCGUACCGGUACCAGAACAUGCUGCACAGUGGAACCCUGGAACACUCGAACAGUUUUCAGAUGUUGAACUUGUACGAGCAAUGAUGACCUGAAACCAACACCACCCUCAACACCGCCCUGUGAACAACGCCAUGACCACCGCCCUGAACAGUGGAGCCUGCCGAGCUGCUGCUUCACGUUAUGAGCUUUGUUGAACUGGACCAACAGUUUGCUCCAGAACACAGUGGAGUCUGGAAUGUAGCAGGGUCCAGAACUCUGUGGGGUCCACAACUCUGUGAGGUCCAGAACUCUGUGAGGUCCAGAACUCUGGGGUCCAGAACGCGGCGGUUGAAAUGAUAAUAAAGGUUUUUUGUCUGUGUUC